CUCUGGCUGGUGGGAGUGGGGUCUCUCCCUGGCUCUCGGCAUGUCUGGGGCAGAGGCGCCGGGUCUCGGGCGACCCGAAGGUGCUGGGGCAUGCACAGAGGACAUCCCCUCCCUUAAAGAAAUUGAGCAGCUCCUGAACACCGGGCGGCCGUCUUGCAACCACGUUGAUGAAGUAUGGCCUAAUCUCUUUUUAGGAGACCUAGUAACAGCUCACAACAGAUUUGUUUUGUGGAAAAUGGGUGUGACCCAUGUUUUAAAUGCUGCCCAUGGCACAGCAUACAGCCACGGAGGCCAGGACUUUUAUGGAGCGACCAUUGAUUAUUAUGGGGUACCAGCCCAUGAUCUCCCAAGUUUUGAUAUAAGCCAGUUCUUUUUCUCUGCGGCACGAUUUAUCCACAACGCCUUGAACACACCAGGAGCUAAAAUUUUGGUACAUUGUGCUGUUGGAGUUAGCAGGUCAGCUUCCCUGGUCCUAGCAUAUCUCAUGAUAAAUCACCACUUGCCAUUGGUUGAGGCCAUCAAAACAGUGAAGGAACAUAGAUGGAUUUCACCCAAUAGUGGCUUUCUGAAACACCUGCGAAAUUUGGAUGCUCAACUACGGCAACAGAGGGACUGCUGAAAAGGCAAACCCAUUUAUAUUCACUUCUCUGAGUUUCAGCCUUCAUAGCCAUUGUGUAUAUACAUCUUCCUAUGAUCAAUGCAUGCUGGAAAAAUGAAGAAAAUUAUGCAUCAAAGAGAACCAUAAAUGAAUUAAUUCUGACAGCUCAGUUCCUUCAAGACCAGUACAGCCAACAUCAGCACCAUAAGCACCGUGUGCUGCAGAGCUGCUGUGCCUAGCAUGGUGCUACGAGAUGACUCCACUGCAGUGGUUAAGAUGGACUGAAUUUGUUCCUGAAUUUGUGCUAAUGACAGAGGCAAUUUAAUAGUUGCAUCUAGCUGUACAGUAUGUUUGAGCAUAAUCAGCUUCCUCGGUUUGGUUACAGUUUUCAUGUGCGUGGUCUCAUAAGAAGAGCGUUUUGUGUUCCAGGCCUGGUGAUGUGGCAAGGGCAAUUUCUUAAGAGCCCAAGCACUGCUAUGGAAACAUUCCUCUUUCACUGGUCUGCUAACUAUUGCAGUGCUACAGGAAGCUGUGACAGCCUGAAGACCCACACCAGCAGAAUAAACUUCUGUGCAGCUCUCUCUGCAGUCUCUGGGUCAACAAACCCACAAACCUUUUCUUGUGUAAAUAUGUUUUCAGCAAGAUAAUGUAUAUUAUGUAAUAUAUUGAGGACAUUAAAAAAAAUA